AUGCUUUCACCACACCCGCCGGACCGUGGCAGUGGCGGCAGUGGUGAGGGCGAUGCUGGCGGCUCUGGGGGCGACGACGUGUUGCAGCGGGUGCUGGACUCGUUGGUGGUGCAGAGCCCCAGCUGCGUCACGCCGGCCGGCCGUCAGCGCGUUGGGGCGUUCAGGCACCCGGCGGGCGCCCCCUGCUCCGCGAGCGCUGCCCUCAAGGCGACUGCCAGCAAGCCGCCAACAGCCCGCGCCGCCGCCGCGUGCCCCUCGACGCUGCGCGGCUGCAGCAGCUCCGUGCGGCGGGAGCGGGUCGGGCAGAAGCGGCGCGCGCUGCUGGACCUUCUUGACCGCGUUGAGGUUAUGGUGCGCGGCAAGGUGCUCAGGGGGGAAAUACCAGAGGAGGCCGCGGCCGCGGCGGCGGCAGAAGCGGCUGCGGCCGCCGAGGCGGCGGUCGAGGAGGCGGCGGGCUUUGCGGACGAGGAGGCGCAGCAGCAGGCGCAGCAGCAGGAGCAGCACGCACAGCAGCAGCAGCAGCCGCAGCAGCAGCAGCAGCAGCAGCACACGGGGCAGGCGGACAUGGACGUACACCAAGUGGACUUGCGAGCAAAGCGGCGGCAACAGGCGCCAAGUGGGCGGACGCCCGCGCCGGCGGCGGCGGCUGCGGGCGCUGUGCCGCAGUCGGCCGGGCGGUCUGCCCGUGUGGCGGCGGCCCUGCAGGAGUAUGAGGACUUUUUGAUGGAUCUGGAGGGCGGCUUGGAGGACGCGGCUGAGGAGGCAGCUGCGGACCCCACCCAGCAGCUACAGCAGCAGCAGCAGCAGCAGCAGCAGCAGCAGCAGCAGCAGCAGCAGCAGCUUCCAGGGAACGACUCGUGCGACACGCAGGUGCCCACGACGCCGCCGACCCUGCACACGCUGCCAACGCAGGGCGUCGCCGCGCCGCCCCAGCCGGCUGCGGGCGCCUCCACGCAGCAGCUCCAGCAGCGCCCGAUGCAACCGGUGUCGUUAGGGCAGGAGCAGGGCGGCAGCGCUCAGCAGCAGCAGCGGCGGCAGCAGCGGCGGCAACGGCAUGAGGAGCCGCCGCGGCUGGUGGGGGACCGCAGGGCGGUGUAUCAUGUUGUGCUGGAGGCUGAGGACCGCGGCCACGAGGUCGUGGCGCGAUGCAUCAACCCCUAUACGGGCGAAGUCGUCACCGCCCACAUCGGCCAUCCCUGGAGCGAAACCCCGCUGCCGCCAGGCACGCCCGUCAACCUCAUCGCCCCGAUGCGGCGCGGCGCGCCCCGCCCGGCGGGAGUAAUUGCAGACGCCGGCUGGGGCGCUGCCGCGCCGCCAGCGGACGAGGGGGCGCACUGCUUCUUUGACCACGGGCAGGGGCUGCUGGUGGCACACCCAGAUGUACUGCUGUCAGGCACCGUCGUCGCGGCCGCGCUGCAGUGCACGCGCCGCGCAUGGCUGCAGGAGCGCUUCGGCGGCACCCCCGGGGACAAGGCGCUGCUGGGCACGCUGGGCCACGAUCUGCUGCAGCGGGCCGUGGCCGCGAGGGCGCGCGGGAACGAGGGCGUCGACGCCGGCUGGCUGCGGCAGCAGAUUGACGAGGUGGUUGCGGCAGCUGGAGAGAAGCUGCUGGAGGUGGGCCUCACCGAAGAGGCGGCCGCGGCGGCACUGGGUCAGCAGGCGCCGGCGGUCGCGGCCUGGCUGGCCUCCUACAUGCCUUCGCCUCCAGAGGAGUACCGCCAGACUCAGCAGCAGCAGCAGCAGCAGCAGCAGCAGCAGCAGCAGCAGCAGCAGCAGCAGCAGCAGCAGCAGCAGCAGCAGCAGGCCGUUGGCGCCCGGCAGCCAAACACGGCUGAGGGCGCUGCCGCCGCGCUGGGCGGGCCACUGGACGCGGGCCCAGGCGCGGGGCUGGCGGCGGGGAGGGCGCUGCGCGCCUGCGUGGCGAGCGUGGCGGACAUAGAGGAGAACAUCUGGGCGCCAAAUGCGAGUCGGUGA